AUGAUGGGGAUGAAGGAAGUAUUUAAGCAGGAGCGGGGGAAGAGGUAUGUUGGUGCUUUGUUGGGUUUAGGGUCGUUGGGAGUGGCUUGGUUGUUGGGAUGGGGGUUUUUGGUUUUAUCGGGGACAUUUGGCGCUUAUUUAGGGACUCAGGUUAAGGGGAAGUAUUUAUGGCUGGGUGAGGGAUGGAGGCGGGUUUUGGUAGCGAUAGAAGGUUUAUCUUCUGUUUUGGUUUUGUUGUUUUACUUUGUAAUUCUGAAUACGAUCUUGUUCUUGCGGGUGGGGGAGCGGCUUAAUCAGGAGUACGUGGUGAUGGAGUGGUUGGAUAUUGGGUUUCUUUAUGGAUAUAUGGGAGUUUAUACUCUUUUUGUGGUGAUGCUAGUUGUUCAGACCUUUGCCCAACGGCGCGGUAGUAAUCAUGAAACGGCCAGUUGUUUUAUCAGAGAAAAUCAGUUGGCUACCAUCGAUGUAUUAUAA